AUGGUUUGGCUGGCAUAUAAAACACAUGUGGGCCCCACACAAAAUCCAGAAGGUUUUUAAUGGUUGGCUUCUCCAUCCCAUCUGUUCCCUGUGGUGAGGCCCACCUGAUUUUUGGAUCGGGCUGAUUUUGGGCGCCUCGGAGAACGUAGGGGCCUUACAUGAUGAACGGCUUCGAUGUCAUGCAAUCAUCCCGGUGGACCGUGACUUAUUGUUUAAUAUUUUUAUUAAGAUUUAUUUGUGUUUUGGAAAUUGGAUUGCUACCGUUUAUUAAGGAGCUUCAAAGGGAAGUGAGCCGACUCUCCCAUCAGCUAGAGGUUGUUGAAGCCAGACUGAGGAAUUAUGAGCCCGAUCCGGACACUAUCACGUCCAUCAAGCAAGCUGAAUGGUGCGAGAGGUUCCUAACGGCCGCACUGAACCGUAUCAAUGAAAUUAAGGAAGAGCUCUUACGCAACCAUGUUUUCUCUCAGGGUCAGGGAUUCGGUCAGACAAGCUUGGAUGGUGAGGAUGAAACAUUCCCAUUCAAAGUAGAUGACGUGGCACUCCUUCCAGAAAUCCCCCUCCAUCCCAUCAACAUUUCCAUGGAAUACAACGCUUUGUUUCGCUCAAGUGAUGUUGUGAUAGAUAAGACUAUCGAUGAAGGAAACAUCGUGGGGCCCCAGGCACCAGUGUGCCAAGUCAACCGCCAAGUGGAUUUAGACUGGCCACCCUGGCUUCAGGAUUACACAUCAAGUGAGCUUCUGGCAAUGUUCACUACUCCAACACUCCCUGAAAUGGAGGCUGUGAAGAGGGAAGGUGUGGUGGCAGGGAUGCCAUCCCAGGAAGAGGAGGUUGUGAUGAGGGAAGGCGUGGUGGCAGGGAUGCCAUCCCAGGUAGAGGAGGCUGGGCCAGGCGCUGACGAUGACGAUGACGUUGGAGGUUCUGCAUAGGAGAGGCUCAUGGAACUAUCUGAUCAUGCUAGUGGAUAUGUCUAGUUAAGUUGUCUUUGUCGACGGUUUCUACAUAUAUAAAAUAAAAUGAGUGGAAGGUGGGUCGUAGGUGCUGGAUAGGAGAGCCUUUUGGAACUAUGUAAUCAAUCUAGUAUAAGUUUGAUUGUUAGAUGUGUCA